GCCAGCCGUAGGAAUACAUGCCUGCUUCCCCUUCACCUUCCACCAUGAUUAUCUUCUUGACACUCCUGUCAUUCAGCUAUGUUGCUAAAGCACUAGCUGGAAUUUUUAUGAAAAUAUCAAGCACUCAAAUAGAAAGGAGAUUUGAGAUAUCCUCUUCUCUUGCUGGUUUAAUUGAUGGAAGCUUCGAAAUAGGAAAUUUGUUCGUGAUUGUAUUUGUAAGUUACUUUGGAUCUAAACUACACAGACCAAAGUUAAUUGGAAUUGGUUGUCUUCUUAUGGGCACUGGAAGUAUUUUGAUGGCUUUACCACAUUUCUUCAUGGGAUAUUACAGGUAUUCUAAAGAAAUCAAUAUUGAUCCAUCAGAAAAUUCAACAUCAAACUUACCAAACUGUUUAAUUAAUCAAAUGUUAUCACUCAAUAGAACACCACCUGAGAUAAUAGAAAGAGGUUGUGUGAAGAAAUCUGGGUCACACAUGUGGAUCUAUGUCUUCAUGGGGAAUAUGCUCCGUGGUAUAGGGGAAACCCCCAUAGUACCAUUGGGGAUUUCUUACAUUGAUGAUUUUGCAAAAGAAGGACAUUCUUCCUUGUAUUUAGGUACUGUGAAUGCAAUGGGAAUGACUGGUCUAGUUUUUGCCUUUAUGCUGGGAUCUCUGUUUGCUAAAAUGUAUGUGGAUAUCGGAUAUGUGGAUCUGAGCACUAUCAGGAUAACUCCUAAGGACUCUCGUUGGGUUGGAGCUUGGUGGCUUGGUUUCCUUGUGUCUGGAAUAGUAUCCAUUAUUUCUUCUAUACCAUUCUUUUUCUUGCCUCUAAAUCCAAACAAACCACAGAAAGAAAGGAAAGUUUCACUAUUUUUGCACGUGCUAAAAACAAAUGAUAAAAGGAAUCAAAUAGUUAAUUUGACCAACCAAAGAAAAUAUAUUACCAAAAAUGUGACUGGCUUUUUCCAGUCUUUGAAAAGCAUCCUUACCAAUCCCCUGUAUGUUAUAUUUGUAAUUUUUACAUUGUUACACAUGAGUAGCUACAUUGCUUCUAUUACUUAUAUCAUUAAAAUGGUGGAGCAACAGUAUGGUUGGUCUGCAUCUAAGACUAACUUUUUGUUGGGAAUCCUCGCCUUACCUGCUGUUGCAAUUGGCAUGUUUUCAGGAGGAUAUAUCAUUAAAAAAUUCAAAUUGUCUUUAGUUGGACUUGCCAAAUUGGCAUUUUGUUCUGCAACAGUGCAUCUCUUAUCUCAAGUUUUACAUUUCUUUCUAAUCUGUGAAAGCAAAUCAGUUGCCGGCCUAACCUUGACCUAUGAUGGAAAUAGUCCAGUAAGAUCUCAUGUAGAUGUACCACUUUCUUAUUGCAACUCAGAGUGCAAUUGUGAUGAAAGUCAAUGGGAACCAGUCUGUGGAAACAAUGGAAUAACUUACCUGUCACCUUGUCUAGCAGGAUGCAAAUCUUCAAGUGGUAAUAAAGAGCCCAUAGUGUUUUAUAACUGUAGCUGUGUGGAAGUAACUGGUAUCCAGAACAAAAAUUACUCAGCGCACUUGGGUGAAUGCCCAAGAGAUGAUGCUUGUACAAGGAAAUCUUACGUUUAUUUUGUAAUUCAAGUCUUAGAUGCUUUCCUCUGUGCAAUUGGACUUACCUCAUAUUCCGUGCUGGUGAUUAGGAUUGUUCAACCUGAAUUGAAAGCACUUGCAAUCGGCUUCCAUUCAAUGAUUAUGCGAUCGCUAGGAGGUAUUCUAGUUCCAAUAUAUUUUGGGGCUCUGAUUGAUACAACAUGUAUGAAGUGGUCCACCAACAGCUGUGGAGCACGAGGGGCUUGUAGGAUAUAUAAUUCCACGUAUUUGGGAAGAGCCUUCUUCGGCUUGAAGGUAGCCCUACUAUUCCCAGUACUUGUUUUACUUAUUGUAUUUAUUUUUGUUGUAAAGAAAAAAUUCCAUGGAAAGGAUACCAAAGUAUCAGAAAAUGAAAGACAAGUAAUGGAUGAAGCAAACUUAGAAUUCUUAUAUGACAGUGAACAUUUUGUACCUUCUGCUGAAGAACAGUAAAGCAUGUAAUUAAGAGGAGGAAAAAAAAGUAAUUUUGCUGCUGUUUCCAACUAAUGUAUUGAUUCAGUAAGACGUUAUUUUUGUGGUGUUCUGGGUCUUUUCACUGAGAAUUCCCACAUUCUUCACUUAUGAUGCAACAAUGAAUAAGCCUGUGAAUUUAUAAUGAAACAAACUAUAAAAAAUGGUACCCAUGGUUAGGACAUAGCUACACAAGCAUUUGUAGUUUAGAGUAGAUAAUUCAUAAAAAUUUAAAGUGAGAGGAAUAGUUAAGAUGUAAUAGAAGAAAAAGUACUUGCUCAGGUAGUUGUAACUCUUAAUAAAACCAAUGACUAGAAUACAAGUGGAAGUAAAAAGGCGGAGAUAGAUUAAUAGCCUAAAUAAGGAGAAAAGCCUUAUGCCUUUUUUAAAACAAAACAAAACCGUUUAGACAUUUUACUUAGGCCUAAAAUCUAGCCUGGAUUUAUGCUAUAAUGAUAUCUAUUUUUCAUGUUAAAUUGUACAUUACUCAGAAAUUAUAAAUAUCAUUACUUUAUAAUUUGAAAUUGUGUUUGCUAGCCACCUUGAUGUAUUUUCUUCCAACCUCCCAUUAAGAUACUACUAAAAAAAUAGAAAUAGUCAAAUAUUUGCAAGGUAUAAUUGUCAGGCAACAUAUUAUAGCAUGUGUUAAGUUUCUGCUAGGUCUAUGGAAAUGGGUUUUUUUUUUAUUUUUGAUUCCAUUUUUAUUCACUUUGAGGAAGUGUUGCCUGUUUUUUUUUUUUUAUGUACUUAAGUGGCUAACAUAAACAAGACAAUCAGAAGGAAAAAAAAGAAGAAAAAAAUAAAAAUAAAAAUAAAAACAAAAUAUCCAUCAAUUUUAAUUUCACUCCAGUUAGAGAAAGUAAAAGCUCUGGUCUUAGAUACAUCUCUUAUAUUUCAUCUGUAGUGAGAAGAAAGAACACUCUUCAUUGGCAAUUAUUGAAUUAUUUGUUAGAAUAGCAUUUUUCCACAUUCAGCUCCCCAUCUUCUUGUAUAAGGAAAUGGUUUAAGAAAAGCUGACUUUGACUUGAGAAACAAAACCCAUUGAUAAGGUAUGUCUUCAUUGCAUCUGUCUGUUCUCUGAGAGAAAUAAAAU